AUGGCCGAGGGCUCGCCAACUGGUGGGCCAGCAAAACGCGCCUCGCGCUUCAGCGACGAGGAAGAGGCGGGUCCGUCUACAGGAAUCGCCAUCAAGAGGCGACAGGUGCGCGCCAAGAAGCUGCGGCGACAAGGCGACUCGGCCGCCGCCGCCGACGACGACGAACCUCUCAACGCAGCUGCCGGACCAUCUUCUCCGGGCAAGGCCAAGUCGCCACCUGCCCCAGUACGACAGCGCACCCCCUCCCCUCCUCGUCCGCCAACACCGCCGCAUCUCCGUUCGUACCCGCGCUCGGGGUUUGCGCCAUCACGCGCAGUACACCCGGGACUCGCUCCUUGCCGCUCCGUUUACAAUUACACGCGACUGAACCACAUCGAAGAAGGAACGUAUGGUGUCGUGUUUCGUGCAAAGUGUAACGACACGGGCGAGAUUUAUGCCCUCAAAAAGCUCAAGCUCGACGAGGAGCGGCAUGGGUUUCCGAUCACGAGUUUGCGCGAGAUCAUGGCGCUCAUGACGGCUGGCGACCACGAGAAUGUUGUCGGCAUCCGCGAGAUUGUUGUUGGAGAUACAUUGACACAAAUCUUCAUUGUGAUGCCGUUCAUCGAGCACGACCUCAAGACCCUGCUUGCCGACAUGCCACACGCUUUCCUCCAGUCCGAGGUCAAGACCAUCAUGAAACAGCUGCUGUCAGCCGUCGACCACUGUCACAAGAACUGGAUCCUGCACCGCGACCUCAAAACGUCCAACUUGCUUAUGAACAACCGUGGGCAGAUUAAAGUGGCCGACUUUGGUCUCGCACGCAAGUUUGGCGACCCCCUCGGACCCAUGACCCAGCUCGUCGUGACGCUGUGGUACCGAGCGCCCGAGCUCCUCCUGGGUCAAAAGGAGUACAACACCGCCGUCGACAUGUGGUCUGUUGGCUGUAUCUUUGCCGAGUUGAUCCAGCGCGACCCGCUCUUCCCUGGUCGCGGCGAGAUUGACCAGCUGAACAAGAUCUUUACGCUCCUCGGCAAACCCAAUGACGAUACCUGGCCCGGAUUCUCAAAGCUGCCCAACGCGCGCAGCAUCAACCCCGUUGGGCCGACGUUCUCGGCGCUGAGACAAAAGUUCAAGCAUCUCACCUCGGAGGGUCACUACCUCAUGUCCGCGCUCCUGUGCUACGACCCGGAACGCCGUGUCAGCGCCGAAGAGGCGGGCAAGCACCAGUAUUUCCUCGAACAGCCGCUGCCCAAGCACCCCGACCUGUUCCCCUCCUUCCCAUCCGUGGCAUCGGGCGAGCGCCGACACAAGCUCCUCGCCAGCCCGCCUGCACCCGUUCACGCCGACGCGUCGGCCGACGUCGACGACAAGCUCGACCUCGAGUCGUUUGUGUAG